AUGGCGACUCAAACUGUCAAAGCUUCCGUCUUACACGGAGCAAAGGACUUACGAAUUGAGAACCGUGCCCUGCCAGCUCCUGCAGCCGACGAAGUUCAGAUUGCCGUUCAAUCAACGGGGCUUUGUGGCUCUGAUUUACACUACUACAACCAUUACCGAAAUGGAGACAUUAUCGUUCGCGAGCCGCUGACACUGGGCCACGAGUCGAGCGGAACUGUAGUGGCUGUUGGUUCAGAUGUGACCAACCUGACACCCGGAGACCGCGUCGCUCUUGAAGUUGGUCUGCCCUGUGAGAACUGCGAAUACUGCAGAGAAGGUCGCUACAACAUUUGCCGAGAAAUGAAAUUUAGAAGCUCGGCAAAGGCCAAUCCUCAUGCGCAGGGUACUCUGCAGGAGAGAAUCAACCACCCAGCUCGAUGGUGCCACAAACUACCAUCUGAGCUAUCUCUAGACCUAGGAGCCAUUAUUGAGCCUCUAUCCGUCGCUAUGCAUGCACGCAACCGUGCCAACUUGCCCGCUGGUGCCACGGUGUUGGUCAUUGGUGCUGGUGCUGUUGGCCUGCUAGCUGCAGCAGUGAGCAAGGCCGACAAGGCGGCUGCAGUCGUUAUUGCUGAUAUUCAGAAAGACCGCGUCGACUUUGCUGUUGCAAAUGGCUAUGCUGAUGCUGGUUUUGUUGUGCCCAUGGCCCGUCCAGAGACCAUCCAGGAGAAAUUAGCUUAUGCACAAGACGUUGCUACCAAAAUUAAGGAGACGGAAGUAAACGGGAAACCUGUGGGCGAAUUUUCUGGCGUCUACGAGUGUACCGGUGUUGAGACAUGCACUCAGACAGCCAUAUACGCAACCAAACCAGGUGGUCAGGUCAUGAUCAUCGGCAUGGGCAACCCUAUUCUCACUCUGCCGAUGUCGGCAGCCGCGCUUCGCGAGGUCAACAUAGUUGGCGUUUUCCGAUACGCUAAUGUCUACGGAAAAGCCAUCGAGUUGCUGUCAAACCGUCCAGCCAACAUGCCGGAUUUGUCAUCGCUCAUCACUCAUCGCUUCAAGGGCCUGGACCAGAUAAGUGAUGCAUUUGCCAUGGCAGCCAAGGUUAAGGAUGAUUCUGGAAGUCUGGUUUUAAAAGUUGUAGUAGAUAUGAAGGAGUAA